AUGGCCAUCCACAUUCACAUCAUCAUCCUCAUUCUCAUCAGAUGGGUAUUGGUAUUCAAUCAUCAAUGAUGGCUCAAACUAAUAAUGAUAUGAUCAACACUAAUGUUGGUGGUGGUGUGAUUGAUCAAUUUGAUCCACAAUCCGAACAAAUUCGACAACAACAACAAUCACAGAAACGAAAAUACGUUCGUCGUAAAACACCCGAAGAACGUAAACGUCGUGGUCCACGUACUAAAGAUUUGAAUGCACCUAGAAUGCCAUUAAAUGGUUAUGUUCGUUUUUUAAAUGCAAAUCGUGAACGAAUUAAACAAGAAAAUCCUGAUUUAACAUUUGCUGAAAUAACAAAAAAAUUGGCUGCCGAAUGGAGUUCAAUGAAUCAGGAGGAGAAAAAAUCCUAUCUAGAUGAAGCUGAACGUGCAAAAGAAGUAUAUUUAAAAGAAUUACAUGAAUAUCAAAGAUCAGAAUCAUAUCAAGAAUUUAUGGAACGUAAACAACGUGCUAAACAAUAUCAACAAAUGGAACAAACACAACAACAAUCAUCAACAAUGGAUCCUGGAUCAAUGAUAUCGAGUCCAUCAUCAUCAUCAAGUCAACAACAUUAUCCACAACAACCACCACAACAAUCGAAUCUUUAUCAACAACAACAAUAUAAUGCACAUCAUCAGCAUCAAUCAUCAUCACAAUAUAUUAAUCAGCAACAAUAUGCACCAAAUCCUUAUGGUCCACCAACAAAUUAUAAUCAAACAACGACAACAACAUCUAAAUAUCCAUCGUCAUCAUCAACAACAACAACAACGAUGAAUGGACCACCACCACCACAAAUGCAUUCCACAUCGUCUGGGGGUGGACAUUUAUCACAUUUGAAUCAAAAUCCUUUACAAUAUGAUCAAACACAUCAUCAUCCACAACAACAACAGCAGCAGCUAUGGAAUCGUAAUACAGCCGGUCCAUUUAAUUCAACAUCAAAUUCAUUGGCAUCGAUAUUGGAAUCAAAAUCAUCAAGACAAUCUAUAAUUGAUAUACCAAUAUAUACGGAAGAAUUUCUUGAACAUAAUAAAAUGCGUGAACAAGAGCUAAGAAAUUUUCGUUCAUUUACAACCGAAUAUGAAGAAAGAAAUGCUAUAUCAGCAAAACAUAUUGAAAAUAUGCGUGAAAUAACCGAACGACUUGAAUCAGAAGUAGAAAAAGAUGGUCAUUCUAAUGAAAGAUUACAUCAAAUACUUGAUUGUCUUAAAGAGAAUAUAGUUGACCAUAUUGGUAAUGAAAUACCGGACGGUUUACCAGUGGAAUUGGUUGAUAAUUUAAUCAAUACUACAGAUGAUGAUAAUAGUGGUGCUGCUAUUACUACCACUAUACAACCAGUACAAGAAUAUGAAUAUGGACCAGUUACCCAGGAUAAUUUAGAUAAAUUUAUUGAUACAUUGAAUUGUGUUGGAAAUAAAAUGGAACAGCAGCAACAUUAUAAUAAUCAACAUCAGCAGCAGCAGCAACAACAACAACAACAAUUACCUGAACAACAGCAAACAUUUUUAACAUCAAUGCGUACAGCCAUUGCUUCAUUGGAUGAGAUUGUAAUUUAAUUUUCGAACCACCACCAACAACAACAACAAUAAUUGUGAAAAUGAUUCGAGCCAAUAAUUUAUAUCGAUAUUUUUACUGAUUUAGUGGAGAAUUAUAGUUUUUUAUUUAUCGCAAUUCUUUUUCAAAAAAAAACAAAUGUCUCAAGAAGAAACUUAUCAUCA